AUGCAUCAACCGACCCAGAAAACUUCGGCGGCCCAGAAAGCUGCUCCUGCCAGGCCUCCCGCCAAAAUCAACGAACCCUGGCCCAGGCCCGAAGUGUUUGGGCCCCCAGCAAGGUACUGCUUCAAAGCCUCAUAUGUCCCAAACAAGACAGCAUUUCCAGGGACUUCGCGGGCCAGCGUGGGGACCAUGCCCUUGAAGAGGCCCCUCGACCCACCUUCGGAUUGGAGGACAUGCCGAGCCACAUCCAUGGGCCCGCCAUAUUUUAUGGUGACUGUGGCUGGGCCCGAAGUCGCUAGUGCGCUUUGGGCUUGCAACCUGCAGUUAUGGGGGACCAACAGGAGGCCCUUAACUGUAAAUAUAAGCAAAAUAUGGGCCUCGGUCGACUCUCAGGCAAGAACAUCUUUGAGAGAACUUAAAGGUUUGUAUCCCACAUCACGAUCAGAAGAAAAUACAGACACUGACCUGCACUUGAUGAGUUCAGUCGGGCAAGCGAGAAAGGAGACAGCAACACCAGCCCCGGCCCCACACACGACUUGCUGGCCCACUGUAAGGGUGACACCUGGCUCGGACCUCAGCAGAGCCUCCAUCUGGCCACGGACUGUGAAGAGAACAGCAUUAAAGGCUGCCACUGUGGCAAGUGGGGCCCCCAUUCCCUUAUACAGACCUCUGGGGCCUUCGGCUGCUAUUGUCUGCUUCACGGCAUCAAUGGCUCCUGCAUAUUUGGGCAGCUGCCCGGGAAGAGGGGCGGGUUGA